CUCCCUCAGCCGCUUGUUUACUAUUUUACUUCGAGACGAGAAGCCCGGAUAGCAUAUAAGCAGAGCCACCCCCCGUCUCCUAUCCUCUCCCAAACACAACACUUCAGCGGCAUCAGACAAAAAGGUCAUCUAAGCCUUAUUAGAGCGAGAAACGGCCACGAAACCGUCUUUCAGCUUCGUCAUUCUUUUUUAAAUCGUCGUUCUUUGUGUCUCGUCGCUCCUUUGCAUCUAUCGGUCGCUCCUUCCUCGUUUACAGAAAAGGUCGGUCCACUUAAGCUUGGCCAAGUCAUCCUCGUAGUUGUAGUGGCUUUUUUGUUUGCUGGAUAAACUCCUGUAGCCAAGUCUCGAAGAUCCAUCUUUUGUCAACAAAGGCGCGCUCUCCUUUUGUUCUCUUCGCAUAUAUUCACUCCUUUUAGGAAUCUUUCGGUAUUCUCAUCUUCAAAAAUGGUGUACUCGAAGUCUUUGCUGUCCGUUGCUACCUUUUUGCUCGGUAUCGCUGGUGUCCGUGCUGGUUGCGUGGUCGAGUCCGGCAAUUACUACUGUAACGAGGUUUCGGAGGUCCUUUUCACCAAUGUCGGUUCCUCUGGUUCGUACAAUGAUAUCACGAACAUGGAUACUUCUUCUUGCACGUGUUCGCACACGAGCAAGUCCUACAGCGGUCCUCUCGCUCCUUUGGACGAGGAAGUGUCUUUCCACUUCCGUGGUCCCAUCCAUUUGAAGCAUUUCGCCGUUUAUAACGCCGACUCUUCUGCUGCUGCUUCUUUCCGCAAGAAGCGUAGCCUCCGUAACCAUCCCGACCUCAAGAAGCGUGACAUGGUUUAUGUCACCGAGUACGUUACGGAGUACAUUAACGAAGAUGGAAGCAAGUACGUCGAUCCUGCCUCCUCUACGGCUCUUUCUGACUAUGUCUCUUCCUACAUUGCGUCUAGCAGUGCUGCUGCUGCUACCGAAGCUGGUGACGCUACGACGUAUGCAACUUCUACCGUUGUUUCUACUGCCUCGACUGAGACUUCUGACGAUUACUCGUCUCCAUCUUCGUCUGCUACGUCUUUCACCACUUCUACCACCACUUCUUCUCCUUCUUCUUCUGCUUCUUCCACCAAGACCUCUUCCACUUCCGCCAGCUCUGGUUCCGGCUCUGGCAGCUGGUCCCGUGCUUCGUACUACGAGGCUAGCUCUGGUACCGCUGACAACGCCGUGUUCUUGAACAACUUGGGUGGUAGUGGAUCUGGUGUCUGGUCUUCUUGCUUUGGCAAUUCUUUGUCCUAUGCCGCUGCUGACGGUGUCAGCUGCUCUUCCUCCUCCAAGACUUUGAACGAUGUUGUCGUUGCUUCGAACAAGGAGUUCUCCAUUUGGUCUUCGAACAAGUGUGACGGUGACUGUGGCUACUACUUGCCCGGUAUCCCUGCAUUCCAUGGUUUCGCUGGCACGAAAAUCGUCCUUUUUGAGUUUGUCAUGCCUCACGACUACUCUUCUGAUUACAACCAAGACAUGCCUGCUAUCUGGGCCUUGAACGCCAAGAUUGGCCGUACGUUGCAGUACGGUAACGCCGAUUGCUCGUGCUGGACCACGGGCUGUGGUGAGUUCGAUAUUUUCGAGGUUCUUAACUCUGGUAACGAGAAGAUGAUUGCUUCUAUCCACAGCGCCCAAGGUGCUCCCUCUGGCAGCAACACCGGCGGUGGUGGUAGCAGUGACUACUUUGCUCGUCCUACCUCUUCUAGCAUGAUCGGUGCCGCUAUCUUCGACACUGUCUCUUCUAGUAUUUACGUUAUUGACAUUACCGACAAGGGCUUCUCUUUCGGUGACUCCAUCAGCACCUCUGAUGUUGAGAACUGGUUUGUGGAUGGUGCUACUGUUGUUCAGCUCAACUAAGCUUGACGCGUUGUCAGCUUUCAAAGUGUGACUAGCGACAGAGUACUUGCUGGCUUUGCUGUUUCUCAUUUUGGAAUGUACCGUCUAUUUCAAAGGAAAACUUCCAUACGCAGUGCAUAUGGCGUUUUCAGUGGCAUAUAGUUUUAGGUUUCAUAUAGUGCAUUUUAACUAUUUAUAUAAUGUAUGCGGCAUGCAAAUUUGCUAAAUAAAUAUCUAAAAUUUUUAAAACAA